CAUAAAUGUGUCUGUCUACUCAGUUGUUCAUUUUCAUUCAUUUUCUUUUGAGAAAUCUGUAGGAAUAGUUGUGGAUUUAUUUAAUAAAAAUUAAUUUUAAAGUUACAUUAAGCUCGGUUAAAAAAUCUACUGUACAAGUUGGAAUCACGUAGUUUCACUAAAAAUUGUUUUAAUUUGCUUUACAGUGCAUUUUAGUAAAGUUUUGUAUUUUAUUUACUUGAUUGGUUACUUUCCAAUGAACAUUGCCUCUAAAGUUACGAAGUUGGGUUUUUUUUUUCAAGUGCCUAAAAGUUUGUGUUAUCUACGUGUUCAUUUUCGGUAUACACAAGUGGUCAACAUGGGAUUGCUUUCUGAAGGAAGUCCGUUAUCUUGGGAAGAGACUAAAGCUCUGGCGGAACACGUUCGACAGCACGGUAUUGAACAGUUCAUCAAUCUGUACAGCAAGCUGAGGGACAGAAGAGGUGAUGUGCUUAAAUGGGGAGAUGAGGUGGAGUACAUAAUAGUUAAAUUUGAUGAUGAAAAUGAAAAGGCAACUGUAAGCCUCAGGGCAGAUGAGCUACUCCCACAAUUACAGGAAAAAGAACUUUCAGAUCCACAGAAUUGUAAAUCUUUAUGGCGGCCCGAGUACGGCGCGUACAUGGUAGAGGGCACACCGGGAAAGCCCUACGGCGGCCUCCUAGCGCACUUCAACAUUGUGGAAGCCAACAUGCAGUUCCGGCGUGCCGAGGCAGGGAAACUGCUAAAAGACGGAGAAGUUAUAAUGAGCAUCACUAACUUUCCGAGACUAGGGUGCCCAAAUUUUACGAGUCCGCCUAUACCACCAAAUCCAAAUGGUGAAGUCACAAAAUCCCUUUUCUUUCCGGACGAUGCGAUAUUUCCUGGACAUCCACGGUUUAAAACAUUAACAGCAAACAUAAGACAUAGACGAGGAGAAAAGGUCGCCAUCAACAUACCAAUAUUCCGCGACGCGAACACAAAGAUCCCCGUGGACAACUCGCACGAGCUGGAGCCGGAGGCGGCGCGGCCCGACUGCGUGUACAUGGACGCGAUGGGGUUCGGCAUGGGCUGCUGCUGCCUGCAGCUCACCUUCCAGGCCUGCUGCAUCACCGAGGCACGCACGCUCUACGACCAGCUCGCGCCGCUCUGCCCCAUUAUGCUGGCGCUGUCGGCCGCGUCGCCGAUCUUCCGCGGGUUCCUGACGGACUCGGACUGCCGCUGGAACGUGAUCGCGGGCUCCGUAGACUGCCGCACGCGCGAGGAACGCGGCCUGGCGCCGCUCAAGGACAGCAAGUUCCGCAUCAACAAGUCCAGAUACGACUCCAUCGACUCCUACCUCUCGCCGGAACAUGAAAAGUACAACGACAUUCCGAUCGUGCACGACCCCUCCAUCUACCGGCGGCUGCGCGAGGGCGGCAUCGACCACCCGCUCGCGAUGCACGUGGCGCACCUCUUCAUCCGCGACACCGUCUCGCUCUUCUCGGAGAAGGUGGACCAGGACGACGCGAACGACACCGAUCACUUCGAGAACAUCCAGUCGACGAACUGGCAGACGAUGCGCUUCAAGCCGCCGCCGCCCAACUCGGCCAUCGGCUGGCGCGUGGAGUUCCGGCCGUGCGAGGCGCAGCUCACGGACUUCGAGAAUGCCGCCUACGUCUGCUUCGUCGUGCUGCUCACCCGCGUCAUACUCUCCUACAACCUCAACUUUGUCAUGCCUAUUAGCAAGGUGGACGAGAACAUGCAGCGCGCUCAGCGGCGCGACGCGGUGCGCAGCGAGCGGUUCUGGUGGCGGCGCGACGUGAGCCUGCCGCGCGCCGCCGGCGCCGACCCCGCGCCCGCGCCGCUGCCCGACGCCGACCUCUACGCGGAGAUGACCAUCAACGAGAUCGUCAAUGGAAAGAGCGGCGUGUUCCCCGGGCUGAUCCCGCUGAUCGAAUCGUACCUGUCGGGCAUGGACGUGGACGCCGACACGCACUGCUCCGUGCAGCAGUACCUCAAGCUCAUCCAGCGCCGCGCCGCCGGCGAGAUCAGCACCAUGGCCACGUGGAUGCGCGACUUCGUCACCAACCACCCGCAGUACCAACGUGACUCGGUCGUAAGUGAGAAGAUAAAUUACGACCUCCUGAAAACCAUGCACGGCAUCCAGACGGGCCAGAUGGCGGCGCCCACCCUGCUGGGCAGCAGCACGGCCUCCAAGACCAACGAGCACAUUCCCAAGGCCUUCACCCGCAUGCUCAGCCAGGACUGCCCCUAGCGCGCCCCGCCAGACCGCUACCUGUUACCGCUAGAAUAAACACACGCCUUACCGACAGUGUUACUAUCGCGCUCUACUCUUCACAACAUUAUUAUCAAUAUUAAUGUAUGGUGAUACACUUGUAUGUAUCCAUGUAUAGUACCCGUAUAGUGAAUAAUUAUAAAUAGCCUACGUUUUAUAAUCGUUUGAUGGUUAAUGGACAUUACACGGUGGUCAGUGUUCCUGUUCAUGUAUGAUUAACUGACUUGUCUUUGACUAGCAUACUCUUGUUUUUGUCCGAAAUAAAUCGAGUACAAAGUAUACACUUUCUAGUUAUAGUUAAUGUAUUCCUGUGUUAUUGACGCGCAAUGAACUAAUAUUUUAUUUCGGACAUGGUCGUGCUUUCGGUGCUGAUACUGUUUUUAUUUUAUUAUCAUUUUCUUUAUAUUUGCAUUUAAUGAAUUUAUAAUAUUUUUUGUAUUAACUAUUAUAAAAGCAAUAAAUCACUGUUGUGCUA